CUGCUUUUGCUGCUGCUGUUGCCCAGCCACAAACAUAUUGAGUUUCAGUUUCAUCUUCACAACCUGUUCACCAGCAAGACACAGGAAGUUUCGCAAAGUGCAGCAGCCGACCAACAACAAUAACAACGACGACGACGACAACAACAACAACAACAACGGAAGCGACAACGCUUCGCUGAGCCACAGUGUGUGACUUUAUUCGGUCAGCUUUGCAGCUGCAGCUGUUCCCGAAAACCAAAACCCAUUUUUGCCACAAGCCCGCCGCGGUGCUGCGGUCCGUGGACUAACAAUGGGCUCACCAGCUGGCGGCGAUGGAGGCGCUGGCGAUACCGUUUGGCUGGAGGAACUGCUGCGCGAGGUGCAGCUGGAACAGUUUCUGGAGCGCAUUAGGGAUGAUCUGCAGGUGACGCGAUUGGCUCACUUCGACUAUGUCCUCUCCGAUGAUUUGGAGCGCUGUGGACUGGGCAAGCCCGCCAUCCGGCGGCUGAUGGAGGCGGUGCGCAAGAAGAAGGCGCAUCAGUGGCGCAAGAAUAUACUCUCCAAGCUGAUUGGCGGCGGCAAGCAGCCUUCGUCCAAGAAGCAGCUGCAACAGCAGCAACAACAUCCACAGCCAGGUGCAUUGACGUGCCUCAUCCACGAGAAGGACAUCACGCUGGGCCUGAAGCUGGGCGAUGGCUCCUUUGGAGUGGUGCGACGCGGCGAGUGGAGUGCCUCGCCGGCGGGCAAGGUGCUUCCGGUGGCCGUCAAGGUGCUCAAGUCGGACAAUCUGACGCAGCCGGGCAUCAUCGAUGACUUCUUUCGCGAGGUGCAGGCCAUGCACGCCUUGGACCACUCGAAUCUGGUGCGGCUGUAUGGCGUGGUGCUGUCCCAGCCCAUGAUGAUGAUCACAGAGCUGGCGGAGCGUGGUUCGCUGCUAGACACGCUGCGCAAACAGUGUCGCCACACAUCGCUGACCCACAUCUGGAACUGGUCCGUUCAGAUUGUGACGGGCAUGGCCUACCUGGAGCAGAAACGUUUUCUGCAUCGCGAUCUCGCCUGCCGCAAUGUGCUGCUCGCCGCUGGCAACAAUAUAAAGAUCGGUGACUUUGGCCUGAUGCGUGCCCUGCCCCAGGAGGAUGAUUGCUAUGUGAUGUCCGAGCACAAGAAGGUGCCGUUUCCCUGGUGUGCGCCCGAAUCGCUGCGCUUUCGCCAAUUCUCCCAUGCCUCGGACACCUGGAUGUUUGGCGUCACCCUCUGGGAGAUGUUCAGCUUUGGCGAGGAUCCCUGGGUGGGCCUCAACGGUUCGCAGAUCUUGCGCAAAAUUGAUCGCGAGGGUGAGCGACUGCAUCAGCCGGACGCCUGUCCACCCGAUGUGUAUGCCAUGAUGCUCCAGUGCUGGGACAAAACGCCCGCAGAGCGACCCACAUUCGCAGCACUCAAGGAAUACCUGGCGAGCAUGACGCCGCCAGUGAUGCGCGCCUCGCGCAGCUAUCACGACGCGAAGGGGCUGCAAAUCGAGACGGGCGACACCAUUGCCAUCAUCGAUGGCCGCACCGAGCUGAAGCUGAUCAAGGGCCAGAAUCAGCGCACCUACGACAUUGGCAUCUUUCCGCGUGCCAUCGUGGAGCAGCAACGCCAAGGCGAUGCCCAACUGCGUCACUCUUCAUCCUUUGGCUUCUGCUGGGCGCCCGGCUCUGCGGAGCGGCAACGCAAGUGCGCCUCGCUGACGUCACAGGCGACGGCGCAUGCCAAGGAGCGCAAGUCGACGUCCAGCAAACAGUUUGCUUACAACAAGCUGACCAACGAUUCCAGUGGCCUGCAUCGACGCAAUGCCAUCAAGCAGAAGAAUCUGGCGGGACCACAACGACCACCGCCGCCAAAUCAACGGAAGCAACAGCAGCAGCAGCAGGAGGAGGGCAUCCUAAUUGACAUCUCGCCAGAGAUGCGACCCAAUGCAGCAGCCGCACUGAUGAGUGCCGGCGACAGCUCCUCGCUGCAACUGGACAGCUCCUUCUGCCUGCUGGAUGCGCCCAUUGAUGUGCCCACUUUUAAUGAUGCUGCCGCUGCGGCAGCUGGUGCUGCCUACUCCUCGGGCCCCAAUACGCCCACCUACUUCAACGAGCAGCCGCAAUUUGACUUUGAGUCGACAGGUGCAUCCGGAGCAGGAGCAGGAAUCUCUCCGGCACGUCUGCAGCCUCCGCCCUAUCAAAUGCCGCCCACCUAUUCCAACACAAUGGAAUUUGUCCAGCAGCAGCAGAAGCGAGACACUCCACAGACACCCAGCCGAGAUCCGUUCGACACGAGCAGUCUGGAUGGCAACGCAGGUGCUUUAAUACUCUACUCGAAUGCGACUGCUGCGCCCAUUUAUGGCAGUCCUGCUGCGCGCAAGAGCCUCUUUGGUCCGAGCAGCAGCAGCAUCGAUUCGCUGGCCAAUGGGCAUGCCAACAAGGAGAAUAUACCCGCUCUGGAGUCCGCUGCCAUUCAGUACAAUCUGAGCAAUCUCUCGCUGGAGCGACAAGAGAUCAGCACAAUGAAUCUUUCGUCGUCGACGACGACAACAGCAACUUCAAGUGUGCCGCAGCAGCAGGCGGCGAGUGCGGAGAGUGUGUUGCUGGACAAGUCGUUUAUAGCUGAGCUGGAGAAGGAUAUGUGGAGUGGCAGCAAUAAAGCGCACGAGGAUUAUCAGCGCAACAGCGCACAGAUGUACGCCAGCAAGGACAUGGUCUACAAACAGAAUCUAACGCCGUUGAAAAAUGGCAAUCACUCGAACCACUCCAGUCCCACAUCGAAUGCCAGCCAGGCAUCGCCCACGCCCAAGCAGAACAAUGUGGAAGCGGCAGCAGCAGCCGCAGCAGCAGCUACAGUUGCCACAAAUGCCACACAGAGUCUCGUGAAUCGCAUCUGGUACGAGCGGGUGGCAGCUGCCCCCUCGGACUACUAUGCCCAACCACCGGCAGUCGAGCAGCCGAGCGAGCAACUCUACCAGAAUCACCAACAGCAUCAGCCGGAAACGCAUCAUUCGUUUGUCGCCAUCUCGAAUCGUGUGGUGGCGCCCAAGAGCAACGUUUAUGCCUCGUCCGCGUCGCUCUACGGCAGUGUGGCAACUGCUGGGGAACGCUAUGAUCCUGUGGCCGGUUCCACGUACUAUGGCCAGGUGCCCAAUGGCAAUGCGGCCAUUUACGAUGAGGUCACCUUCGAUGAUUAUCUGCGUCCACAUCGACCGGCCCCGUUGGCACCGUUGGCGCCGCCACCGUUGUCGGCGCAGCAAAUCCAGCGACGGCUGGACAAGAUGCGCCAGCAGCAACAGCAACAGUUGGAGGGCGCCCAUCAGCUGUAUGCACCGGUGCCGGCGGAGGCGUCACGCGAGCAGGAGAAACUGCAACAGCUGCUCGGCGAACUGGGCAGCUCGGCCGUCGAGCAGGAUGUGCGCAAUGCGCUGCGUGCCGCCAGCGGCGAUGUGCAGCUCGCCCUGCGCCACUACAAGAUCGAUCAGCUCACCCGUCUCGGAGUCGCAGGGCGACCCCAAUGCGAGCAGGCGCUCCAACAGACCGGAUGGAGUCUCGAAAUGGCCGCCGAGCUGCUGCUGCAGACAACGACGGCUUAGUUAACUGGCUGCAGCUGGAUGGAUGAUACGAUGGGGCACAAUGUAUUUUAGUUGGAUUUUUUAGUAUUGUCGUCGUCGAGCCGUGUUUUAAGUUCUUAGCCUUAAUUGUAACUAACUCGUAUAUAUUUCCCAAUACGUCUCGAAUAAGUCUCGAAUCGAAAAAUACUUUCUGGCAAAAAUUGCAUUAAUUUCUGUAGAAACAAUGUCCAAUGACUGUACAUGAUAUAUACAUAUAUAU